CUAACUUCCACCAAAUGACCACCAUCCAAAAAGUCGCCAUCUUCGGCGCAUCCGGCAACUUCGGCACUCCCAUAACCGCCGCCCUCCAAGACGCCAAUUUCACCAUCACGAUCAUCACCCGUCCCGAAUCCACCGCCGUCUUUCCCCGCGACCUCCCCAUCCUCCGCACCCCCUACACCCUCUCCCACCUGACCACCGCUUUACACGGACAAGACGCGGUCAUCUGCGUCGUUGGUCCCGGCGGCGUCCCCGCGCAGGCGACCAUGAUCGAAGCGGCGGAAGCGGCCGGGGUGCAACGGUUUAUUGUGAAUGAUUUUGGGUGGGGGCCGGAGUCUAACAGUUUCCCGGAAUUCAAGGCCAUCGCGGCGCAGCGGAGAGGGGGAUGGGAGGUUGCGCGGCGGAAGGCGGAGGGGAAUUCGAGGUUUACGUUUACGGGCAUUACCACGGGGAAUCCGAUUGACUGGGCGAUGAAGCGAUUCCCGAUGAUGGGCUUCGACGUCGCCAACGGCUCGGCUACAAUCUAUGAUUCCGGCACGGAGCAGUUCACGGGGACGACGCUCGCGGGCAUCGGACAGGCGGUGGUGGGUGUGUUGCUGCAUCCUCAAGAGACAGCCAAUCGAUUUGUGAAGGUCUUGUCGAUUCGGACUUGUCAAAACGAGUUGCUGGAGGCUUUCCAGAGAGCGACGGGGCACACCUGGACGGUGCAGCGGGACACCACGCAGAGGCUGGUGGCAAGUGGAAAGAGGCAUUUCCAGGCCGGGGUGGGGAGUUGGAGGCUCGAACUGGUGGUCGCGCAGAUGUUUGACGAGGGCCAGGCGCGCUGUCUUGUGGCGCCUUCUUGGGUGGAAUCGGAUUCCCCGUUGUUGGGGGUGAUGGAGGAGAGAGUGGAUGAUGUGGUGGCUAAGGUGUUGCAGAUGUGA